UACGGUGCAUCAUUUUAAUUUCUGCAUAACUUUUGCGAUGAGGAAGUAAUUUACUAAGUUCUCAUAACGGCCUUUCUGUAUUACUUCAGAUUUAAACACGACAACAUUUUUAACGAACCUGAACCACACUUGUCAGUUGGGUAAAGCAGCACACUGUGGAUUUUUGCACUAAAAAUGGGAAAAUCAAGUUGUGGAUUAUUUGUCGCCGACUCAGAUGUACCAAUCCCCCUGACCAAUAUUCAUUACGAUGUGGACGUCAAAGGAUUCGCUGGAUCAAUUACCAUCCACCAGACAUUCCAGAACGUGGACCCCAACGAUCUGGAAUGCGUGUACGGAUUCCCGAUGAACGACCAAGCAGCUGUCACGGGCUUCAUCGUAAAGAUCGACGACCGCACUUUGACCAGUCAGUUCAAGAAGAAGGACGAAGCCUUCAAGGAGUACAACGCGGCGUUGCGACGCGGAGACGGCGCGUACCUUCUGGACCAGGCAGAUCGUAGCGACGACACCUUCGUGCUGAGUGUGGGCAGACUGCCGCCCGGGAAGGAGUGCGUGGUCAGCAUCAACUACGUCUGCACACUGGACAGCGUCAGCGAGACAAAGCAGCGACUCCUCAUUCCCAUGGCGCUCUUCCCGAGGUACGGUCCCAAACCGCGAAGCACAAUUGGGAUCGCUGCGCCGCCGGAGAAGUACGCUGCAAUAGUGCCGUAUAAAGCGACGCUGGCCGCCAGAAUCGAAACGUUGGAUAAAUUGCGGUCUGUCUCGUCAGUGUCGCAUCCGAUUGCUGUCAGCAUUAUGGGAGAUAAAUGCGUCCAGGUCACUUUCGGUACGCACCAGCAACCAACUGAUCGGGAUCUCAUAAUCGACAUUGAGAUUCAGAACAAUCCCCAGCAUCAUGUCUUGGUGGAGCGCGUCGGCAGUAAUCAGUUUGUUGGCAUGUACUCAUUUAUUCCACAAUUCGACAAGGACGGCCAGAAAGUUCAGAGUGAGAAGUUAAUCUUCGUCGUGGACUGUUCCGGAUCGAUGCAAGGAGAUAGAAUCGAAGACGCGAAACGAGCGAUGCAGGUUUUUUUGCGAAGUAUUCCGGAAGGAUGUUAUUUCAACUACUACCGGUUCGGUAGCACCUUUGAAUCCUUGUUUCCUGAGAGCCGACUUUACUCCGAAGGAACGUUUAAAGCAGCAGAGCGUUACGCUGAUGGCACAUCUGCAAAUUUAGGAGGGACAGAAAUUCUGGAACCACUGCGUAAUAUUUUUGCAGCCGCUCCUCUUCCCGGUUUCUCCCGGCAAAUUUUUGUUUAGACUGAUGGUGAAGUCAAGAACACCCAAGAAGUCAUCGAUCUGGUCAGGAAAAAUGCAUCGAAUUCCAGAGUUUUCUCCUUUGGCAUCGGCGACAGUUGCUGUCACUCAUUGGUCAACGGAAUCGCGUUAGCCGGCAACGGAAAAUCAGAGUACUGCAAACACGGAGAAAUUCUGGAGGAUAAAAUUGGCCGCCAUCUAGAACGAGCGUUGCAGCCUGCCGUUGUGCAAGCCAGUGUUUUGUGGGAAGGAUUAACGAACGUGCAGCAAGUGCCGUAUGUGUUACCGCCCGUCUUCCGAGGUGACCGGCAGAUCGCUUGCAUUUUCGAAGCUGGAAUUCAAGAGCAUCCAGAAGCCGUACUGCAACUGAAAGACAAGCCGGGAAUAGUAACAGUUUUGCCAUAUCCAGCGGACAAGAACCAAGGUAUUGCUCAACUGGCGGCGAGAGCUUUGAUUAAAUAUUUGGAAACCGCUCCCACUGAAACACCGUCAUCCGUUAACAUUGGAUCGUUACAAAAGCGAAACGUGCGAUUGCCUGUAACCAGGAAGCAAGGAUCUGAUAAGGAUUAUAAAAAGGCGAUCACGGACAUUUCUUUAAAAUACGGCGUGAUGUCCAAGUGCGUUUCGCUCCUGGCGAUUGAAAAACGCGACGGUAGGCUUGGUACAGAGAUGGAGCUUCGAGAAAUUCCUGUCCAAGUGUCCACGCCCGUGUUUCAUAAACCUGUGCCACAAGCGAUGACCACUGCCGCCCCCAAUCAGAAUGCACGUUCCUUUGGUGCGAAGAUGAACAACUUCGGUGCGCGCAAUUUGUUCCGGGCCCAAGAAUCAGCUUUUUCCAGUUGUGCUCCUCGGGAACGUGCUCGGUUUUCCGCACAGACCCAUGAACGAAAAGACACGGUUGUGCGCGUCCUGCAGAUUAAUAUGAUGGAGGUUAUUCAAAAGCCGGUUCUGAAUCAGGUGUUGGAUCUGCAGCAAUGGAACGGCAGUUGGGAAUUUUCGGGAAACUUGGAAAGCAUUCUCGGCGUUACCAAGCAUACUGCAGAGAAGAAAGUCAUGGGGUAUCUGGAUCCAGUUUUGCUGGCAACAUUGCUGGUGGUGGCCUAUCUGAAUGCCAAGCAUGCCGGUCAAAAGCAUAUUUGGCAAGCCAUUGCUAACAAGGCGUUGACGUUUAUCCGCACCCAGAUUUCCUGUGAGCGAGAAAUCAGUGUACUGAAAACUUUGCAGUCUCUGUUCUAAGAUAGGUAUCCCAGUACGAGAAUUGCCUGCUUUUUAUAGAAUAGUUUUUAG